AUGGCCGACUGGCAAAAGCGCGAAGAGAGGAACCUCUCCCACUACACCACCUCCCGCUCCACAACUCCUCUUCCCGAAAACCUCACCGCGCCUCGAAUCCUCUGCCUUCACGGCGGCGGCGUCAACGCAGAAGUCUUCCGCACACAAUCCCGAGCCUUGAUCCGCGAUCUCAGCCCGCACUUUCGGCUCGUCUUCGCCGACGGACCCUUCUUCUGCGAUCCGGGUCCAGGCAUAAUUCCAGUCUAUCAAGACUGCGGACCAUUCCGACGCUGGCUGAGAUGGCUGCCCGAACAUCCUGAAAUCGAUGACGAGACCGCCAUCGAGGAGAUUUUGUAUAGUAUCGAUACUUGUAAACGUGAUGAUGAAGGGACGGGACCUUGGGUUGGAUUGAUAGGAUUUAGUCAGGGUGCGAAACUUUCUGCGAGUCUGUUGUAUGAUCAACAGAUUCGGAAAGAGAAGGGUGAUGACUGUUUUACAGAUUACAAGUUUGCUGUGCUUCUUGCUGGAAGGAGUCCGCUGGUUUCGUUCUCGGAGCACACCAAAGGCGAUGCCUGUGUUACUGCUGGCGGCAUGAGCGAGGGCUUCCAAUUUGAUGGCAAGAGUCCGCAUAUCUUGAAGCUGCCUGCUUUGCAUUAUCAUGGCCUGGCAGAUCCCGGUUUGCAUCUUCAUAGGAAGCUGUUGAACCAGUACUGCGAUCCCAAGACCAACGACGUCAUGGAGUGGGACGGCAAUCACAGAGUCCCUAUUAAGAAGGCGGAUGUUACUCCGAUUGUGGAAUGGAUUUUCAAGACUGCGAGAGCGCAAGGAGUGCGGCUAGACGGAUGAACGAAGCAAAAAUGAAGAUGUCACGAUGUCUACUAUAUGAGUGAGGAAGAAGCGACACUCAGAAAGGAACCUCCAGAACCGCAUAUCGUCAGUCCACGAUGUCAUCUCGAAGCUUCAACACCUGACCGACCACCUCAUCCAUUUUCGACCUCACAGCAUCGUGGAACAUGACGUUGGUCGUAAACACCUUGCAGCCCUUGAUCUUCUUCGCCGUCUCAAGAGCCAGAUCCGAUGCCACAUACAUGUCCUCAAGAUAG